AUGGCAUCGUGGGAUGGAAAGCGAUGGGAUCGCGGCAACAGCGAGCUGACUGGAAGCGAAGGGCAGGAUGACUCCUGCUGGGACUGGCAGGCUGACUCCUGGUGGGACUGGCAGGAGGGGAGCGGCGGCGGAACAUGGAGCGGCGAAGACUGCACAUGGAAGGGGCAAAGCCGGAAUGACGGCUACCGCUCCAAGAAUGAUGAGAUCCGCGAAAAAGCCCGCGCCCCGUUGCUGAAAACCAUAAAGAAGCUCGAAGAAGAUCUCAAACAGAGUCGAGCAGAGAACGCGGCUCUGAGCUUGAGCUUAGCAAGUGUGAGCACAGCCAGUUCGCAGGCACAAAGCACCUCUCAGCAGAUGAUGGUUGCCCAGACCGUGGGUCAUCACACCGACAAAGAACUCACUCGCAAGCUCGAGACGAGCGAGGAUGUAGCUUCGUUUGAGGAGCAGUUCCGCACCUUCGAGGAACUGAGAAGCAAGCUCGAGACAAGUGAGGAGGAGGCAGCUUCGGUGACAGCUUCCUUUCGAGAGCGGUCGUGGAUGCUCUCCCGGACGGAAGCGAUGGCCAAGCAAGAAGUGGAGGAAGCGGAGCGGAGAUGGGAGACUGAGCUGGCCACAGCCAGAGCCCAGCAGGAGGAAUCGGAGCGGAGAUGGCAGACCGAGCUGGCCACAGCGGGAGCCCAGCAGAAGACGCAGGAGGACAAGUGGAAGUCCGAGAUCGAGGUCCUCGUAGAGGACAACGGCAAACGAAGAGCACUCAACAGUGCCCUUUCGGAUGAAAUGACAUGGCGUAAAAACGCCGAAGAUCAACUCCGCAAGGAGCUGAAGGCGGAGUCAGUGGAGGAGCUAGCAAAUACAUAG